AUGGUGACGACAAUCCAGUUUAGCUUAUUGGCAUUACUGUGCCUUCGUCUUGCUGGCCCAACAAUAGCCAAAGACUCUUCACACUUUGAAACGUACGGAAUCGACGUUUCUUUUCCAAUACAAGAUCGAGUCUCCACCAACUAUGCACAUCUCGAUCACAAUAAAUACCCCGAAAAGUUCGACACUCCUCCCAUGUACGAUGCAAUGGCUGUGCAGCCCUUGGGAAACAGACUCCAAAUGUACACGGACCAUAUCAAUUCAUGCCGUGAGCAAUUCGUUCCAUCGAAUGAAAGGGAGUUCAAUUGCGAUCAAUUCGAAUAUGAUCGUAUACUCAUGAAUCGAAGACAACCGCAAUCGAUGGUGAACCUGACCGAGUUCGGCUUUAAAAAGAUCCAGUCUCCGCCACACCUAAAGAAAUUGAUCGACCAGUUUUGGAAGGAGAACAAGGAUAAAGGCAAGAAUGAAGCCUGGGCUAGCGGUAACUCGUAUGUCAACCAUUGGGACAGUCCAACAACCUUAGUUUCUGUUGAUGACAGAGGCCUUCGCGGUUCAGGUGGCAGACUUAAGGAACACAUCUGGGCUGCUGCGAGCGCUGUUCUAGAGGAGUGGACUCAGGUGGAACUGCAGCCCUGUUCGCUCUAUGGUAUCCGAGUAUACCAUGAAGGGGCAAUCAUGCUUCCACACGUAGAUCGGCUACCACUGGUAGCAUCAGCAGUCAUCAACGUUGCGCAAGACGUGGAGGAAGACUGGCCAACGGAAGUUUAUGAUCAUCAAGGAAAUGCUCACAACGUUACGAUAAGACCAGGAGAGAUGCUGCUCUUUGAGAGCCAUUCUGUAGUUCACGGUCAUCCCUUUCCAUUGAAAGGAAAUUUCUACGCCUCGAUCUUUAUUCAUUUUGAACCAACGGGGCAUACCAUAGGAAAGAACGAAAGUGGCUUCUUUUAUGUCAAAGAGGAAGAUCAACGGAAAAGCAGUUGGAGCGACAGCCCCAAGGCAUGGAAGGACGCCAAUAGAGAAUACUUAUCUAACACCAAACAAGGCUUUGGUGGCCAAUCAUCGUCAAUGGAAGGUGGAUUACCCCCAUACAUCAAAAGAGAAAGCCCGGAGGAGGAUCACUGGCUGGCAUUCCACCCCGAAGGCUGGAAAACACCCGAAAAGAUUCUCCCGUCAGAGGCCCACGUAGCUGCCAAAACGGGGCAGUUGGACGAACUGGAAGAAAAGUUGAAGAAGGGCAACCGUGAAAUCCUUGUUGAGCGUGAUGAAAACGGUUAUCAAAUUCUUCAUCAAGCAGUGGUUGGUGGAUUCCAAGAUGUCGUGAAAAUGCUAGUUUCUAAGGGAGCUGAGAUCAAUGCCCGAACACAUGGCGGCUAUGGCGAAAGUCCUCUACGAAUCGCGGAACGAGAGUACGGUCCAAACAGUCCUAUCGUAAAGUACUUGAAAGGACAAGGUGCUCUAAGCAUUGGCCCCGAGUUAUAA